UUAACUGAUUUAUGAUUUGUUUGAUACAGUCCAAUUUUCGUGUUUACUAUGACUACACUGAAAGGAUGGCUAAAACGGUGGCGAUGGUUGACGGUAAGGAGCAGAUCUCUAUAAUCGACUACAGAAAUAAUGUCACCUAUAGCAUAUACGACGGUGUCUGUACAAAGAACGCCAGUUAUAAUGAGGCACAGCGUCUGUGUAUACCAGAUGACGCUGUGUUUGCUGGAAGUCAAAUUAUGGGGAGUCCUAAUAAUAGUCUCGUUGUAAACACAUGGAGGAUAACGACAAGUGAUCUGACGUUGAAAGUUACUGUCACUAACGAUACAUGUACGAUUGUACAGGAAUCAAUGUACGGCAAUAUCAAUGGAUCACCAGGUGAAUCAACCUACCUUUUGUCAGAUGUCACAGAAGGAGCGCUUCCUAAUGGAAUCUUCAACAUCCCUCCUGAAUGCAGACAACCGUUGACUGGUCCUAUUGUCGGAAGAUGAACAGAUAUCGUGCCGUAUGAUGCACUUAUUUAUGAUAUGUUUUGAAAUAAAUAGAUUGUAUACACAAAAGGAUUUGAGAAUGCUUUACAUAAGGAA